CAGAGUGUCAUGGAAUACAUAUCUCUGAACACAGUGGACAUGGCAUAUCACCUUUAUCCCAUGAUGAUGAAUAUGACAUAAAAAUGAAUUGCUCUUUCGAUAUGGCGAACGUGCUCCCACUGAGGUCUGGUGACGUGGAGCCCAACCCGGGUCCAAAUACCAAGCUUGGAUAUCUAAGUGAGCAUGAAUUGUAUCUCCUUGCUGACGGUAUGGAUCCAUCAGACUUCAGGAAGGUUGGACUAGCUUUAGGAUUUACUGAGGCUCAACUAAGUCGAUUCAAGGAAGACAACAUUGGCAACAUAAUGCUAUCUACAUACAAGAUGCUUUGCGAGUGGUUGAAGACAGUACGGCAACAAGAAGCGAGGGAGAUACUAUCAAACAAGUUAAAAGACAUCAGUCUGGUACAACUGGCCGACAGUGUACAAAAAGGCCAGGUCGGUAAUCAUAUACCCUCACUGACAGAAGAUGAGAUCCAACGGGUCAUCAAAGAGGUAAAAAAAUAUUCUUCAAUUCAUCACUGUCAGAUUCAAGCCGAUCCACUGAACAACGCCCUUUUAUUUCAAUUAGACCGGAUCUUCACUAAUUUAACGUUGAUAGAAGAAGAUAAAGGAACAACCCGCAAGGCAGCACCGCUACUCUACGCUGACCUGCUCAAGACUGAAGUCAACGGAGUCCUUCCUAGACGUUUGCUAGUUGAAGGUGAAGGUGGUGUGGGGAAGACAACUCUUUGUGCAAAGAUCGUUUGGGACUGGAUUCGGGGAGCAGGCUACCAAGAUUUCAAACUAGUACUUCUCAUCCUCCUUCGUGAAGUAAAUCAAAAAACUAUUGGAGAGAUUAUAAUGUCUUACCUCCCUGACGACAUUAAUGUCACAGCAAUGCAGCUAAACAAGUAUGUCUUCUCCCACCAGAAAGACGUCUUUCUUCUUAUGGACGGCCUUGACGAGUUAGCUAGCGAUCUAAACUAUCACCAAGUCGCUUUGAUCGUCCUCAAUCGGGUGUUCAAGUCGGGGAAAGUACUAAUCACAUCAAGACGAUGGAGAUCAGAUGAGAUAAGGAAGAUUACAGAGCUUAGAAAGUUAUAUGCUUUUAUUGCCGUCGAAGGUUUUUCUGCUGACAACCUGUCUUCCUACAUCACUAAGUUCUUUCAUCCAGACAGAGCUUCAGCUGAGCAAUUGAACCAAUUCAUAUCAACCAACGAUGUAAUCAGAGAAAACAUGGCCCCGUUUCCAAUAUACGCAGCAAUGUUGUGCGUCAUGUGGAAAGACUUUGACGGUGAACGCCGCACUGCAAUGUCCAAACUGCAAACAUUUUCCCAACUUUUUGAGGAGAUGGUCCACUUCUUGGUUGACCAUUAUCUUUCCAAGCUCGAUACGUCUGCAAUUGAUGUCGGUGGAAAAAUGGAUAGGACACGGAAGGACAUUCUACGUCAUCUAUCCGAUAUCGGUUGUAUAGCCUUGCAGGGGCUUCAUGACCGAAAGUUAGUGUUCACUGAACAGGACUUUCAGAGCUUACCGGGUUCUGUGGAUACAGGUUGCCAAGUUGGGGUACUCACUAAACAAACGCAAACUCCUUCUCGGAGAGAGAGAACACACCAUUUUCAUGUUGCAGUCUCAUCUGUCCAGUUCCCUCAUAAGCUGUUUCAGGAGUAUCUAGCAGGAAUGUAUCUGACAUCUCUUCACAACUCAAACAGAAGCGAGUACGACAGGUUGAUGGAGGAUAUAGUCGGAAAAGCAAUGGAAUUCCGUGAGCUUCUGUACUUCACCUCGGCCCAACAGAAAGAGGUCGGAUUGGAUAUCAUAACUCGUCUCAUAGCAUCAACGACAACGCGAUCAAUUGUAUAUUGGCAUAACGAUGAUGACUUCAUUAUUGAUGUAGCAUAUGAGAGUCAAGACCAAACAGUGGCUGAAGCUGUGGCAGAUCAUCUAUCGACUUCAUCCAGCAACACACUUGUGAUCGGAGAGGAGAUACCGGCGCACACAGUAGCGGGGCAUAUAUUUAUCAUGAAUCAUCGUAAAAUGACUGCUUCAGAGGACCUGGCUGACUUCAUGUGCUCCUCAUCCACUCUGAGAUCAGCAUGGAUCGCUAUCUCUUCGGGCCAAGGAGAGGAUAUGAAUGAUAAUUUCUCCGCGAUGCUUGCUCAUAACGCCACUCAUUCGAAAAUUGAGAAUCUUAGUAUAAAACGAGUUGAUCUCAGUCAACGUCUGCCUGCAUCACGUGAUCUCGCUCAGUUCAUUUGUAAGAUGCCUAAUCUCAGGGAACUUUGUCUCGGUGGUGAAGAUGGAAACACCAGUCCCUCACUUCACGAGGAGUUCUAUUCAACGUUAUCAUCCUUAGCAUCAUCCGCAAAGAUUGAGCAUCUUGAUGUAAAGUACAAUGAUCUCAGCCAACGUCUGUCUGCAUCACGUGAUCUCGCUGAGUUCAUUUGUAAGAUGCCUAAUCUCAGGGAACUCCGUCUCGGUGAUGAAUAUGGAAACACCAGUCCCUCACUUCAUGAAGAAUUCUAUUCAACGUUGUCAUCAUUAGCACCAUCUGCAAAGGUAUCCUUUCCACCUUCUCAGUUUUUUUUAACGGAAAUUAAAUAAAAAUUUGCCCUAAUUAGUACAGCCACAAGGGAUGAUCACAUUAUUCUGAUAAUCAUGAUUUAAUUUUACCUUCCAUCUGUCCAUAUUCACAUCUGUUUAAUGUGCAAUUUAUGUGCACAUUUCUAUUUAUACAAGGUUGAUUAUGUCGUUAUGCAGUACUGGUCAUUAUACGAAAUGACCACUCUUUUAUUCUGUAUGUAACAUAAUGUUAAGACAUGGUUAUAUGACACAUUGAUAUAUCAUUGUCAUUUAAUUGGUUGUUGAUAUCAAUCAUUCAGCCCAUUUUACAAUGACGUCAUCAACCGUGCAAUUUUGUAUCCAUACGAUUUUGUCCAUUGCACUUGCGCAUGUUGUAGGUACGCGACAAUCAACAGACCGAGCAUAUUUUGCAUCGGAAUUCAUAAACUUCAUAUUAAAAAAAAUUAUUUGUAGGUAUCAUAUAAACCAAAUAAUUAAACAUAUAAUCAUUCGUGCAAUGGACAGAAUAUUUCAUUUGGUGAAGGGUGAAAUGAAUGAUAAAUUAAACUUGGCUACGCCUUGGUGAAUUGAUCAUUUCAUCUUUCACCUCAUGAAAUAGGCCUAUUCUGUCCAUUACACUCAUUAACAUUCAUGAGUAUACUAUCGAUGUAAAAUAAGAAAGGGAUGCCUUCCAGCUCGACUCUAUUCUGCUGAAGGUAGAAUAGAGUGUAGUGGUGGAUGAUGUUUUUGGCUUUUUUUAUCAUCUGUUACUACUAUUAUUCCAGAUUGAGUGUGUUGAUAUUACACAU